AAAAUAUUCACGUGUCACAUUUAGUCCAGUUCUGCUAUUUAAAGUCGUACAAAACUAUUUGGGUCAUUAGACUGUGAACCAGAAUAAAAUGUAAUUUGCAGACUAUCUUUUAAGACAAGACAUGCCACCAAAGCACAAACUAUCUACCAGUCAUGAGUAUUUCAAGAAAAAGAAAAGAAGGAAAAUGUGUCCAGGGUGUGGAGGAGAAUUUGUCGAUAGACAUUUUGAAAACCAUAAAGUUGAAUAUUUCUGGGACAACAAAUGGAAGUGUAGCAAGUCAAAAAAAUCAAAACAAGAAGAAACUAGUUAUCAGGAAGUACCAGCAGAACACACUUUAUCUGGAAUGCACCAGGAAAACCAUUGUGAAGAACCAAGCACCUCUGGCGUUAAGCAACCUUGGGCUCAUACGCAAUCACUGAUAGAAGUGAAACGCAGGUUCAAAGAUCACUUACGAAGCCUCAGUGGAAGUGAAACCUAUCCAGAAUCUGACAAUGAGGAUGAGGAAUUUUGGUCUAAUGUAACUUUAAACGAUAUUGAUAUGGAUAUUGAAAAUGAAAACAUUCACGAAAUCCAAGAGAAAAAACAGCAGACGGACUUUGAUACAGCAAAAACAGAGAUGAUCAAGUCAACAGUUGCAAUAUUUCAGUCCAUUUGCAUUUUUCUUUGCUGUUGGCAAUCAUUUUAUAUAAUUACAGAUACUGCCUUAAGUAGCAUUUUGUCGUUUUUAUCCACAGCAUUUAAACAUCUUUCUGCUGAAAAUGUUGCACUAACAGGUGUUUCAUCAAUAUUUCCCUGCUCAGUGUAUAUGUUGUACAAAAAUCUCGGCAUGAAAAAAGACAAUUUUUCGAAAUACGUGAUAUGCAAGAAAUGUUUCACUUUGUACAACUAUGAAGACUGUAUAAUACUAAUUGAAGGGGAAACGUCUUCAAAGAAAUGUUCGAAUGUUAUGUUUCCAAACCAUCGACAAAUUGCUAGACGAAAUCAAUGUGGUGAACCAUUACUGAAAUCUGUGAAACUAAAGAGCGGAGACAUAAAACUAUAUCCAUAUAAGACCUAUUGUUACAAAUCUGUGAAAGAAUCACUAUCUACAAUGGUAAAACAGAAAUAUUUCGAAGAUAAGUGUGAAGAAUGGAGACACAGACGACAGGAACCAGGAGUUAUGACAGACGUGUAUGACGGAAAAAUUUGGAAAGAGUUUGGAGAAGACAAAAAUCAACACUUUUUGAAAACUGAGAGAAAUUACGGUCUGAUGCUAAAUCUUGACUGGUUUCAACCAUUCGAUCAUGUUCGAUAUUCUGUUGGCGUCAUCUAUGCUGUUGUGUUGAAUUUGCCACGAGAAGAAAGAUUCAAACUGAAAAAUGUGUUUCUAGUUGGCAUUAUUCCGGACAUGUCUGGCGAACCAUCAGUCCAAACAUUUAUUAAACCAUUUGUCGAAGAAAUGAAAAUUGCUUGGAGUAUCGGAUUUUCUAUGCGGUCACACAACAAUCCGAAGAAAGAUGCAAGUUUUAAAUUAGCGUGCCUUUGUGUUGGUUGUGAUAUACCUGCCACGAGAAAAUUAUGUGGGUUUUUAGGGCAUGGUGCAACACUAGGGUGCUCCAAAUGCACCAAAAAGUUCCCUGGAGAAGUUGGGAAAAAAAAUUAUGGAGGCUUUGAUGUACCCAAUUGGAUAUCUCGCUCUUUACCUGACCAUCUUCAUAACCUCGAGAGAAUUAAAGAAGCUACAACAAAAACAGACAAAGAAAACAUGGAGAGUCAAUUCGGCAUUAGAUAUUCACCUUUAUGUGAACUUGAUUACUUUGAUCCGAUUCGUAUGUCUGUUAUUGAUCCGAUGCAUAAUUUAUACCAAGGAACCGCAAAAAAAAUGAUCAAACUUUGGUCAGAACUUAAAAUUCUAGAAAGUGAUAAAUUAAAAAUUAUUGAAAAGCGUGUUGACUCUGUUUCUGUUGCAGCUAAUGUCGGCAGCCUUCCCAGAAAAAUAGCUACAUCAUUUGGCGGUUUCACAGCUGAUCAGUGGAAAAACUGGACCAAUGUCUUUUCUAUAUUUGCAUUAAAAGGUGUAAUACCAUCUGAAGACUUAGAGGUGUGGCGGAAAUUUGUUCUUGCCAGUCGGUGCAUCACAACAAAAACAAUAACCACUGUAGAUAUACUUAAGUACGAAAAACUAAUUUUGGAGUUUUGCGCCGGAUUUGAGAGGAUCUAUGGGGAUACAAAAGUUACUCCAAACAUGCAUCUUCAUUACCACAUGGCAGAUUGCAUUCGAGAUUAUGGGCCUAUUUACUCUUUUUGGCUAUUCAGCUUUGAGAGAUACAAUGGUCAUCUUGGAUCGUUACCGAACAAUAGCAGAUCAAUUGAACUUCAAAUCAUGCGACGUUUUCUUCGAGAUUCAUUCGUUAAUUGCCUACAAGUACCAUCUGAAUACAAAGAAACAUUGGACAAAGCGUUCUUUCUAAAAGAACCAACUGCAGUUUCGGUAGAUGUACAAACCGAUGAAGACGUUUCAUGCAUUAUGUAUAUGGGAAAGAAAAAUGCACCAAUCAGUGAUCAACAAUGGACCAACAUCAAACCAUAUAGAAUACAAAAAUCAAUGGUUGACAGUCUUUCAUCAGCAGAACAUGCUGCAUUAAAAAAAAUGUACAAGAUGUUGUAUCCGGGAAGAGAAGAUAUGAUUAUCCCGAUGUCCAGCAGAAGAUGCAGUUCACUCUUUCUUGGGAAUGAGGUAUUAGGUUCGUGGGAUUCAAGGCAGAGGCGAUCAUCAUAUAUUAUGGCAUACUGGAACGAUUUUGAUGGGAGAAUAAUGCGAGACGCUGAAAGUGUUGUUUUGACUCCAGGAAUUGUACAAAAGUAUAUCCUCCACAACUUGAUCGUCGAAGGCAAUAAUCAGAUCCACUUGUUAGCCAAAGUAAACUGGUUUACGCCUCUACCAGCUUCAUUACGAUACCACUGUGGAGAACCUAUCGAAGCUUGGAAUAGUGAACUUAUUGACACAUUUGGUCCAUCAGCUUUCAUACCCGUACAGAGAUUUUUCUGUAGAUUUGUUCAGGCAGACGGGUUUAUAUCUAAUAAGACAGUUUCCUUUAUUUGUCCUCUUAAUAAUGGACUAAAUGUUUGAUAAGCUUUGAUGUCAUAAAUUUUUAAGCGAGGAACAAGAUUUUGCAGAUAUUUUUAAUUACUUUAUAAUUUCUAAUUGGCAAACACUUUAUGUAAACAAAAUUCCACGCGCGUAUCAUGUAUAUUAAAGAUUCAAUUACUUUCUAAAUACCUGAACCUAUACGCAAAAAAUACGAAGUUAAAAUAUCCAUUCGUAAUACUAAUUUAUCGUAGGACGUGUAGAAAAAUCCGUUUGUUCGGAACAAAACUCGAACAGAUCAACCCUGAUAUUUAAAGAUGUCUGCACGUUGAUUUUAUUUACAGUCAGAUAAUUUAUCAUUCAAAUAAUUUUUGGUAUAUGAGAUAAAUAUUUUCUGUUAAAAAUAUCUAAUUUCCCGCUUUUCCAAAAACGAGGUUUAUGAGUUUCUUAUAUGAAGUUUGACAGGUGUCGUUUCAACAAAGCGUGUGGUAAAAAAAGUCUUUCGACACUCUCACAGGUUUUAAAAUGCUUUUUUAAAUACUGUGGAUUCAUUUAUUUU